AUGCACAAAACUAGUCAAAAUACUAGAUCACGUUAUUAUGUUCGCGAAACACAAAAAAGUCUUGCCUCUGGGCGUAUUGUGGGUGGUGAAGCUGUGAGCAUUGAAGACUAUGGAUGGCAAGUUUCUCUACAACGUUUUGGCAGUCAUUUCUGUGGAGGAUCUAUAAUAUCCAGUAGAUGGAUUCUUUCAGCUGCUCAUUGCUUUUAUGGAACGUUAUUUCCGAUUGGAUUCUCUGCGAGAGCCGGCAGCAGUACUGUGAAUUCAGGAGGAACUGUGCAUACAAUUUUGUAUUGGUAUAUUCAUCCAAAUUAUGAUUCACAAAGUACAGACUUUGAUGUUUCUGUAGUUCGACUAUUAUCUUCUUUAAAUUUGAAUGGAGGUUCUAUUCGACCGGCUAGGUUAGUGGAUUCUGGAACUGAUUUGCCAGCCGGUGAGAUGGUUACAGUAACUGGAUGGGGACGACUUUCGGAAAAUACUUCUGUUCCCUCGCCAUCAACUCUUCAAGGAGUUACAGUACCAGUUGUAAGUAAUUCGGAAUGUCAACAACAAUUGCAAAAUCAGACAAUCACUGACAAUAUGUUUUGUGCUGGUGAAUUAGAAGGAGGAAAGGACUCUUGUCAAGGAGACAGUGGUGGUCCCAUGGUUGACAGCGAGGAUACUCAAGUAGGAAUUGUAUCCUGGGGAAUAGGAUGUGCUAGACCCAAUUUACCAGGAGUUUAUACGCGAAUUGCUUCAUCGCCAAUUAGAGAUUUCAUAAGACGAAUAACCGGAUUAGUAAAAAUCUUUCAAAGAAUGAAAAAUUUAUCAUUUAUAUUCUUAGCAUUAUGCUGUGCUUUGUCUUCACAAGUGGAAUCAAAUCAUGCGAGUAUUAGCCAAAAGCGUUUCCCAGAAGGUCGUAUAGUAGGAGGUGAACAGGCAAGCAUCUAUGACUAUGGUUGGCAGGUAUCACUACAACGUUAUGGAAGACACUUUUGUGGCGGUUCCUUAAUAUCAAGUCAUUGGAUUCUAACAGCAGCUCACUGCUUUUAUGGCACCAUGUUUCCUAUUGGGUUUUCUGCACACGUUGGAAGUGACCGGGUGAACACCGGUGGAAGUUUUCGGACAAUAGUAUUUUGGAUAAUUCAUCCAAAGUACGAUUCACAAACAACGGAUUACGAUGUUUCCUUAGCUAGAGCUCUUUUCGGGUUCUUUCAAAAUGGUGUGACUGUUCGACCUGCAAGAUUAGUAGAUGCAGGGGCCGAAUUACCAGCUGGAGAAAUGGUUACUGUUACUGGUUGGGGACAAACAUCAGAAAAUGCUACUACACCGCCGCCGACAAAUCUUCAAGCAGUCACUAUUCCAGUUGUUGAUAAUGAAACAUGCCAAGAGGAAUUGGAGGGUGAAACAAUUACAGACAAUAUGAUAUGUGCUGGAGAACUGGAUGGUGGAAAAGAUUCUUGUCAAGGAGAUAGUGGUGGACCGCUAGUGGACAGUGAUAAAGUACAAGUUGGAAUUGUUUCUUGGGGAAUAGGUUGCGCAAGACCGAAUAAACCCGGUGUUUAUACCCGAAUUGCAUCGCCAGAAAUAAGAAAUUUCAUACAGAGAAUUGCUAAUGUUUGA